CUCUUUCGCAACUGUUUUCUAUUGAUUUCUUCCAUUUUUCAGCCAGCUGAUUAUGUUUCUGGAAGAAUGCAAAACUCACUUCAAUACGGAUUGUCUCUACGAGCUUCUUGGCGUGAAGAAAGAUUGCGAUGAGAAAGCUCUUAAAAAAGGAUACUACCGCCAAUCAAUGCGCUGGCAUCCGGAUAAAUCGAAUCUUGUAGAAGAAGAUAUGCAGACGUACACAACGAAGUUUCAGCUUCUCAACAAAGCUUAUCAAAUUCUUUCCGAUGAAGAGAAAAGGAAAAUUUACGAUGAAACCGGAUCAGUGGACGAUGAGGCUGGAGAGCUGAAUGAAGAUGCCUUGAAAGCAUGGAGAAUGAUUUUCAAAAAGGUGACAAAAGAGGAUAUCGAUAGCUUCAUGAAGACGUAUCAAGGAUCUCGUGAACAGAAGGAUGAGCUCGUUGUGCAUUACGAGAAAUUCAAUGGAGAUAUCGCGAAAAUCAGAGAAUAUGCUAUCGGAUUCGAUGGCGUCGAAGAGUUGAAAGAAGCAUUGGAUAAACUUAUUGAUGAUGGAGAAAUUGAGAAGACGAAGAAAUAUGAAACGAGCACUUCAGAUAAGAAGAUGAAGGCUUACAAGCGUAAGGCUGAGAAGGAGGCAAUCGAAGUUGAGAACAUGACACAGAACAAUUCGGAUCUUGUCGCCCUGAUUCAAGGUCGCCAGAAGGAACGUGGCACGUCGUUCCUCGAUUCACUGGCUGCCAAGUAUGCACCUUCUUCCUCCAAAAAGGCAAAGCGGCAGUAAUUGAAUCAGAAUCCGCCCCUUCUUUCGUCACAACUUAUCUUUCUUCCUUUCUCUAUCUUCUUACUUUUCCGUAUUUAUGUAUUCCCCUUCCAUUGGUCACUGCUCCUUGUUCCAUACACUCCGGAAUUAUUUUUUCUAACUUUUGAGAUCUCUAAUCGUUUCUUUUGAACUCAAUUUUUUAUAACUGAAAACUUGUGAAAUUGCUAUGUGGUAUUUAUAAAAAACAUGCUCACUUCUU